CCAUGUGAGAAUAAUGGCGGAUGCUCUCAAUUGUGCGUUUUAAACCCAGGUGGUCAAACAUGCAUGUGCCAGGCUGGAAUGACAAUCAACGACGACAAAAGGACUUGUAAGAUUUGUACUGUCUAUUUAACCUAUAUGUAUUCGACCUAUUUAUCUUGGUGCAUAAUAUCCACCAAGGAUGAGGUAAGGACAGCUGGAUAUUGGCCGAUUGCCUUCAGCUCUGCGUAGCUAUGGACAAAGGUGGAGUCCGGGUCAAUAAUGAUGCAAAAAAUAAGAGAAAAGGAAAUCAACAAGGCCAAUAUUCAGCCAUCUUGACCAAACAAGCUUGCUGGACAAGGCGAGAAAUCCUGAGUGGCCAAGAUAGGCCCAUCCUUCCAUCUUGGGUGGCCAAUCAGAAAGCAGGAUUCGCUUCAAACCCAGCCAUUUACGAAACAAGACACCAUCAUAAAAUAUUGUUUUCGUCUUAGAAAGUCCCCAGUAGAGUUCUUCAAUCCAGUAAUCCCGAUGGCUAUUUUUGGCAUCCCACCUCCUGCGCAUUCUUUCAAUCCCGAAUUUCGUCCCGGUUUUGCUAUAAAAUCCCGAAUCCCGAGUUUCAAAAAGGGAAAUCGUGCAACCCGAAAAACCUAAUAUUAGGGAACCACCUUUUCACAUUAAUUUUUUUCUUUUCGUCUUAGGUACUGUGAAGAACGUUAUCAUGGUUGUCGAUUCCUACUAUGAUGAAAUCUAUUUGUCAACUCUGGAUUCAUCAGACACAACGAUUGUUCCUCUGCCUGUCCAAAAUUUGACAUACCCAAUUGGUGUUGAUUUUGAUCCAUUCAACAAUAGAGUCUACUGGACAGACUACUCUCUUGGUACCGUCAAGCGUUCUCUUAUUGACGGCAAUAAUCAGGAAACUAUUCGUUCAGAAAUUGCUGGACCAUACGGAAUCGCCCUAGAUCUUGUGGCAGAAAAUGUUUAUUGGAUAAGCCGGCUAGAUUACACCAUAGAAGUUUCGAAACUAGAUGGAUCUAACUGGAAAGUGCUGGUUUCUGAUUUGGGUAUAUCUCCCGACCACAUCGCUCUGGAUACCUCCAGAGGGUUAGUAAAGGCCUGUUCUGUAAAUAGACAAAGGGGUUCAGCUAAAAAAGGACGGUACUGCAUUGGUCCAGAAGUUAAACAAAAGGUUUUCUUUUUAUGAAAAAAGUCAGCGUUUGAAUAUUUUUCCAAGGUAAAAAGACAAUCACCUCUGUUGAUAGCAGAAGAGUAGGAACUGAAUCAUUCUGAAGCAUUAUUUUUUUGGUAGAGGAAUAAAUUGAAGGCGAUGAAGUCAUGAAUAUUAGUUUUAUGGACAGCACAGGGUUUUGAGUUUUGGCUUGUAUUGUUGAAAAACCGUUUUGGAAGGAUUUUGGUUAUUUUUAGACCGAUGUCGAUAUGGUUUUAGUUUUAUUGACUAAAACAAAUAGAAAUGCGUUUUUUUAGUUGGUGCAUGUUGACGAAGAAAAGAGUUUCAACUCGCAUAAAAUAGGUUUAAUCUACAUUUCAGUUUUGGAUUGUUCGUGAUACUUUUUAUACACUUAUUUAUUUAAUAUCAUAUGUCUUCCAGGUACAUGUAUUGGUCAGAACAUGGACGUAUUGGAGGUGCUGAUAUGGAUGGAGAAAACCAAAAAGUUGUUGCCGUAUUGACAUAUUAUUAUGGUUCAUAUGAUGCCCGGGGUCUUGCUAUGGAUAUUCAAAUGAAUCGAAUUUACUUUGUUAGCUACUGGUUUGAAGGUUUGCUUUACGUCGAUCUUAAUGCCGGUGGAAAAGGAAAUGGUCCAGUCCAAGUUCUGUUCAUGGAUUAUUCUUUCGAUCAUGAUUAUUUUUUGGAUCCACGAGGUCUUGCACUCGACGACCAGUAUGUUUACUGGAAUGAGUACUGGAAUGAGAAGGUGUACCGGAUUAAUAAGACAAGUUUUGAUGGCGAUCUUGCUGUGGUGGCUUCAGGAAUGUUUAGUCCUAGAGGAAUGGCAGUCGUUAAAGGAAAACCAAAUGCAAGUGGUGAGUGAUAUCACACUUCCUAUCAUCGUGACUUAGCAGAUUGAAGAUUUUGCUGUAACUUUGUUUGUGAGACUAUGUAUCAUGACUAAAAUUUCUCUGAUCAUCUCUUUUUUCGCAGAUCCACAUCCUUGUCUAAGCACUUGCAGUCACCUUUGUCUUCUUAAACCCGGAGGUUACAAGUGCGCAUGCCCCGUUAAAAACCCUGCUAUUUGCAACGAGAGUGUCCACCAAACCAGUGAGUAAUACUGCUCCCUCAUUUCAUUACCUUAAGNUGAUGCCCGGGGUCUUGCUAUGGAUAUUCAAAUGAAUCGAAUUUACUUUGUUAGCUACUGGUUUGAAGGUUUGCUUUACGUCGAUCUUAAUGCCGGUGGAAAAGGAAAUGGUCCAGUCCAAGUUCUGUUCAUGGAUUAUUCUUUCGAUCAUGAUUAUUUUUUGGAUCCACGAGGUCUUGCACUCGACGACCAGUAUGUUUACUGGAAUGAGUACUGGAAUGAGAAGGUGUACCGGAUUAAUAAGACAAGUUUUGAUGGCGAUCUUGCUGUGGUGGCUUCAGGAAUGUUUAGUCCUAGAGGAAUGGCAGUCGUUAAAGGAAAACCAAAUGCAAGUGGUGAGUGAUAUCACACUUCCUAUCAUCGUGACUUAGCAGAUUGAAGAUUUUGCUGUAACUUUGUUUGUGAGACUAUGUAUCAUGACUAAAAUUUCUCUGAUCAUCUCUUUUUUCGCAGAUCCACAUCCUUGUCUAAGCACUUGCAGUCACCUUUGUCUUCUUAAACCCGGAGGUUACAAGUGCGCAUGCCCCGUUAAAAACCCUGCUAUUUGCAACGAGAGUGUCCACCAAACCAGUGAGUAAUACUGCUCCCUCAUUUCAUUACCUUAAGUAGCAAGCAAUCGUUUAUAAAUUCCAGUUUCAAGUUAAAGGAAUUAACAUUCCUUCGCCAUAAGUUGAUAAUAUCUAAGGCGUAUAUGAGAGGUGUUCAUUUCGGUAGUGUUUAAAAUGUAAAGCUCGUAAGAGAGACCCAAUUCGCAAACAGAAUUACCCAAUCAGUCAAUUCCACGUAGCCCACACGUGGUGCUUAUUGUCCUGUCUGCUGCAAGAUGAUCAAGAUAGUCAUAUUGGGUUAUUCAUCAGACAAUUCUUAAGAGGGGUGCUCAUUGAGUGUUUCUCUUGCCUGUUUGUUUAUUUAGAUAUUUUUCAUCGUUGACAAUCUAGAGUUAACAACAGUAUUGCAUUUCUCGCCAGAUUUGUAUGGAUGCAGUAGCAACCACAGUCUUUACUUCAGCGAUCAAAAUAGCAUUAAAUGCAUCGACUUAAAGAGCUACAAUCAGACCUAUGUCAAUGUGAAGACAGUAAAGACUGAACUUUCCGACGUUGGUGCGGUAGACAUUGAUCGAGGGGAGAGAAUGAUUUACUGGAGCGACCACGCCCAAUGGGCCAUAAGUAGAAUGAGUCUUGUAACUGGAUACACUGAGGUAAUUAAAGAAAUCGAAUGCUCUAGCAAUUUUUCGUGAACUUCAUAGCGGAUCCCCAUAGCUACGAAAAUAUCCAAGGUGUUUGAAUAGUCCCCAGUCCAAUCCAAUGUUAAAUGUCAAACGUUCUAACUAGUGUGGUAGCUUACGACCUGAUAUUUCACAAAUAUUGUGGUCAACUGACAGUUGUCAAAACAAUGUAUCCUCUGAGCAGUAUCACAUGACUAUAUCGCGGGCUCAGAUGUCUACCUGUUCGCAGGCUCAAAUCCAAGAUUAUUUCUUUGCAAUGGUUACAACAUUCUUUUUGUUUGAAGUAAAGUAUGAAUUUAGUAACGGGAGCUUCGCCUUUAGACUUGGCUAAAUUUAUAUAUUACUUAUAUAUAUAUUAUAUUACUUUCGGAUGAUCAUGAUCAGGAUCAGUGAUCUCGGAUCACUCGGAUCAUGGUAGAUCAAAUGAACCGAUGAAUCCACUCUGGACAAGGAUUCAUCGGUUCAUUUGGUCUACCAUGGUCCGAGUGAUCUCGGAUCACUGAUCCUGAUCCGAAUCAUCCCAAAGGAACGCACUCUCAGACUGAUAGAUGAUCACGCUUACGUCUGGUCAGUCAUAUGGCUCGAAAACGCCUGCAUCAACUGGAGGACAUGAGUUGAACCUUGCAUAAAGAAGGAAACGUUGCACCUCCUUAUUUCCCUGAGUUAAUUUUACAAGCUAUAUCUGAAGCCCAGUACAAACGGACGCAACACUUUUGGCCAACAACUCUCAGCCAAUGUUGGAUGUUACAUGUUGUAGUCGUUUGCACACACGGUUGCAUGUUGUUGCGUGUUGUUGGGGGUUGUUGUGCAACGUUUCGAACCUGUCAAAAGGCUGAUUUAGCAACAGAACGGGAACGUCAGUUGACGACGGCGCGCGCAAAUCAAGCAACUGGAAUGACCAAUCGCAGAGAGGCAAAUUGAGCACCGGAAGUCGCGUUUAGUCCUUUCCGCGGGCUUUUUCCCGUCGUCGAUUGACGUUCCCUUUGUGUUGCUAAAUCAACCUAAAAUUUUAGCUACGACAGUCAAUGUUGGGAGUUGUUGGGUCCGUUUGCACCUGCUGUUCAUCGUUAUUUUUCAGACUUAUGGCGCAUCUAUAAAAUGUUAUUCAAUCACAAGCGACGAAAGAAUCAAGCAAAAAUAUUGGUCAAUAAAUCUGAAAGAAACAUAAAGAGAACGUGACAGACUGGACACGGUUCUUAAGAGGGCCGUGUAGAAACGCUGCUAUUUGAUGUUUAUAUCGAUUCUGUUUUUAAUUUCAUUGAAGGUCAUCAUAAGAGACAACCUAGGACAAGUUGACGGAUUAGCUGUUGAAUGGGAGAGUGGUUUGAUUUACUGGACGGAUUACAUCUUUGAGAGAAUUGAAGUGGCAAGGGUUGAUGGAAGUCAUAGAAAGACAUUAUUUACUGAACGUCUUUACAACCCACGUGGAAUCGCCGUGGAUCCAAAAUCUGGGUAACAAAUUUAUAUUCUCAUCCCCCGUAUAGGUAUUUGGCUUCGUUCAUGAACGAAAGGAGCUUAGGAGAUAGGCUACUCGGGGAAACUUUCUCCUAGACCUGUAGCUCAGUGGUAGAUAACAAGAAGGUCAUUGCUUUGACUACGGUUGGGAUAUCCUGGAUCUAAGUUUUUUGCAUUGACAUUCGCUUUAAAAAAUAAAAUGAAACUGAAACAUGUGUGAGACGCUAAGAAUGGGAAAAUGCAAAUACAUCUAUGUAUUUUAAAAAAGGAUCUGUCUAAUUCCUGAAUAGCGAAAUCCUGAGGCUGUCUCGUACACAGACGUCUCUCUCUCAAUGUAAAUGUGCGCAAACGAAGACGGGAAGGAGAAAACGGGCGCGUCUCUUCCUUCUCCUGCCCAUAGCCUUUCGGACCUCAUCACCAGUCCCUCGCGUUUCUCGCUCGCCUUUCUUCCGAACGAAGCUUCUAAGCAGGACCCUUAUUAUGACACCGACAUAACAGUCCUUACUAUUUUCUAAUUCCAGGUACAUGUUCUGGACAGACUGGGGAUUGUAUUAUCCUAAAAUUGAACGAGCAGAUUUAUCCGGUGAAAACCGACAGGUAGUGUUUUGGUCUUUCUGGUUAUACCAGUUGUUUCCUAUGAGUGUGGUUAUUGAUUAUGAAGCUGAACGAAUUUAUUGGAUGGAUGCAUACGACAAUUACAUCGAUUCUACAGACUAUGACGGCAAUAAUUGGAGAACUGUGCACUAUGUCUCUCAUAACAUCUUCCCAGCUGACCUGGCUCUGUACGGUGACAAUUUAUAUUGGGUUGAUAGGCACAGCCAGAGCAUUCAGUGGUUUAACAAGUCACGCCCCUUGCUCGUACACAACUUUGGACACCUCUCGGAUGUUUUCCUGACGGGUGCUGUGGUCUCCGACGAGUCGAGACAGCCAGUUGGUAAGUAGAGUUCAAUGAACGAACAGAAAAAUGUUUCGUUUCGGAUGUUGUGUUUUGCAUACCGGAACAUAAUUGUAAGAUGUCGGACAACGUCCCUAACUUUAAGCCGUCAAAUUUGCCAUGGCACUCGAUGUCUUGACGAGAUUCAAUUCCCUGUUUUUUCUUUCGGCAUUGUAACCUAGUCCAACUUUUUGUCUCUCUCUUUUUUAUCCGCAAGUCUGUCGUCCCGCACUGUUAAUCUGAAUACAGUCGAACCCCGCUAUUUCGAAGUCCCAGGGGAAAUGGAAAAAAGUUCGAAAUAGCGGGGUUUCGAAAUAACCGGGGAAGCGUAAAGGGGAAGGGUGAAUCCAAGGGAAUUCGAUCUCCCUUCGAAAUAACGGGGACUUCGAAUUAACAGAGUUCGAAAUAGCGGGGUUCGACUGUAGUUUGCUGUAUUGUUGUAAAUUUCAUUUAAAUUUAUUUUUAAAAUUCUGAAAGACGAGCGUCGAGCAAGAGAGCUUUAUCACGUUUAAAACACCAGGCGCUCUCGAGUGUUUUUAGCUUGAUGAAAUAUGAAGGGCAAGGCUCCCUUUUAAAUGUACUGAGUAAUAAUCCUUGGGUGUCUUAUAUUUUUUCUGAAGAAAAUUAGGGCUUAAAGCUCAUAUUAUAUUACUCUUUUUAAGUAACUCAUAAACUGAAAUAAAGGAGUACCUGACUUAAUUCACAGCAAUUUUAGAACAAACCAAUUUAAUUUGUGUCGCUGAGAUAUGAAGGAGAUCUCUUGAAUUAAACUACAACAAGGCAGAUAAGGUCAUUGUACAGCAGGAACCAAAAACAGUAACAGAGACUCUAUUUCACUGGCUUUUUCGUUGUCUAAAUAUAGAACAGAAGACGAUGAUUUAGAGCCGUCGGAGGCAGUUUUGGCAAAGUUUCCAGUGUUUGACCCUGAUGGGGUCAAAUUCAAAUUUUCAACAUGGGAACACCAAAAUAUCGCUAAGAAGACUUUUCUAAGAAUGACAGUGCCUGAGAAAUAUCUAGAUUUGUUAGCUCAGUUUUUUCUUAGAGUGUUCUUUUUUUUUAAAAGCUCCCCCAACAAACCAACCUCCGUGUCGGAUUAACAAUGGAGGAUGUAGCCAUCUCUGCUUGGUAUCCCCUAAUGGAACAUACAAAUGCGCAUGUCCCAAUGGUGCUAGAGAACUGGGACCCGACGGGAGGAACUGCAAUGGCAAUAGUAAGUCUCCUUUCGUAGAGUGUAUGUAUUCUUUCAAAGACAGGUUUCCUCACGUGCAAACUACUCUCAAAAUGGAUUUAUUUAGGUUAUGUUUCUUGCAGUGUAAUCUCAUCAAUGUGUAUACGUGUUACUAAAUGUAUCCGACAGCUAUGAGAGUUUUAGGUCCUUUGGUGUUGUUAGCUUUUCUGGCAUACAGAAUCACAAUUAUCUUCGUCUACGCAUCUACUCAGUUUUACCCUGAGAUGUCUUGAAAAAAUUAUAAAAAUUAAUUCACACUCACUUUGGCACGUUUUACUUGUUGACAUCGUGUAUACAAAAAUUUUUAAAAAAAUUACUCAUUGCGACAUUAUUUUCUCAUUUCAGUGACCGUGCCAACUACGCCAAUCCCCGUACCAGGUAAAGUAAGACAACCUAUGAUUUUUGCUUCUAGAGGGAUUUCUUGUGAUUAUUCUGACGAAUUAGAUACAUCAUCUAUUCUGCCCUACCUAAUGUAGUGUUACUUAGUCUGGCAUUUCUGUAAGUCAUUGGAGUCACUGCACGCUCACAUUGAAGAGCGUGUGCUAAUGGAAGUACACAAAGCUCAUUCAUAGACAUAACAAGAACAACCAUACCGUACAUGCUUUGCGUUAAUAUAUACUGUCUUAGUGUCCAACAACGCAUCUUUUGUGCCGUACUGAUGAGCUGCAUUGAGUGUACGCGUUUACUAUGGAAAUAAGCUUUAUUGGCAAAGCAAACAGUGACAUUUGACAGAACUUUUUCUCAUAAAUCAACUCUUAAUUAAAUGAAUUUGUUCAACGGCAUAGGACGUAAAGGUUACCAAUUGCAUUAAAAACCUGCCAAAAGCGAACGGCCUCCGUUGUCGUGGUUGUAGAAUAACAGUGGCCAUUUCCGGUCCGCGUCGGAAUCAGCAGCAAACUGCUCUUACAAUUACUCGACAUAAUGUUUAACUUUUAGAUGUCAGAGUGCGACUCAGAGGCUCUAACUCAUCGAACGAAGGAAGGGUUGAGAUUUAUCACCAAGGAAAAUGGGGAACAAUUUGCGACGACCACUGGGGAUACAGGGAGGCUACAGUUAUAUGCAGAAUGCUCAAUUACUCUGCUGCAGUUUACGCUGUUGGAUAUGCUCAUUUUGGACAAGGAAACAGUUCUUUCCCCAUUUGGAUGGACAGUGUGAAGUGUAGAGGUGACGAGAAAACCAUUGCUGCCUGUAGGCACGAUGGAUGGGGAACUCAUGAUUGCGCGCAUUCCGAAGAUGCUGGAGUUGUAUGCUACAAUGGAUCUAUUCCACCAACUGAAGGUAGUUACUAAGUUUAUAGUAGAGGCUAUCCAAUUUUUUCUGUAAAUUAGCACAUCUGAUACACUGUUGCCGUUGUCAUUUCUUGUUCCAAGUCAGGUCACAUUUUUUUGAAGUGCUGGAUUGUGUAAUACCUCGGUUCCAUCAGUAACUGUGAAAUGUGGAAAACCUUACAUGUAUGAUACGAAAUAUCCCAAUAUUAUUUAAAGUCAGCUAAAAAUCUUGCUUGCAGCUAACAUAAUUAUCAAGUAUCUUCUAAAAUGUUUUCUGUUAUCGGCCAAGCAUGUCUUAUAGGCUUGGCAGAAUACAGCUAUAAAUUACUCAUUGUUUUGCUGCAGCAUUAAAUAGUAAGUACUGUAGGAGUAAGAACUACAUCUGAUGGUCAAUGAAUGGUUGUCUUUAUUUUUCUUUCAAGUCCCAACGGUAGCACCAGGACCUCAUCCAGGUAAGACCACGCCCGCAGUUUGCAUACUUUAAUACUUACUUAGGCGCCGCAUACUACACCCGGAGGGUUUUUUUUUAACUGAAAUCCUUGCUCUCAGAUGUUUGCCUUCUGUCCGGUGCUGCCCGAACAAAACCUUUAAUCCAUUGUCUUCUGGCACAGCCCCGGGAAUGUACCUUCCCUUCCUCGGUCCCAAAUGAGAUAACCUUUUCUUUUAAACGGAUGCACCGCCAGACGGUAGUUUUUUAGGUAGUCUGCACACAGUCGUAAAACACAAAACAUUCGACGGUAAACGUCACAGUUUUCCGUAGUCACACGAUUUCACAUCAUGUUUUGUAAAGCCUAGUAAUUAUGCAGCAAAAAUAAAAGAACAACAACAACAAACAGAUACCACGACAGAAAUUUCUCAAAAAUUGUCAUGCAAUUAAAUUUUAGAUUUAUAUUUAGAUUUAUAGUAAUUUAACCACAUUGGCACCCUGGUAAAGCCAAAGCAAGAGAGCCAAGGCUCUAAUUUAGGCGUUGCAUGCCUACUUAUACUAUAUUCCUUUUGGCUUUUUCUCUUUCUUUUUGGUUCCUUUUAGUCUAACAUUUUUGUAAAUUAUAUGAGCAGUCGGUUACUAAAUUGCCUACCUGAAAUUGCCCAAUGGAGCCAGUCCCCUUAACUUAAUCCAAUCCACGCGCCAUAUUCUAUCGGGAUACAUCGUUGUAAAUCUACCCUUUUUCUUGAUUUCUUCCCAUUCAUGCAGAAUUAAGGGUUCGUUUGAGAUCUGGUUCUACUUCAAAUCAAGGAAGAGUGGAGUUGUUCCUAAAUGGCACGUGGGGAACGAUAUGUGAUGACUACUGGGGAAUCGAUGAAGCGAACGUCAUUUGCCGCAUGCUUGGCUAUUCCGAGGGAGCCUGGAGCACACACUGCUGUGGUUGGUACGACUCCUCCUCAGCGCCAAGUCAGAUUUGGCUGGAUGAUGUUGAAUGUGUCGGUGAUGAACAGAGCAUCGCGGCAUGUCGCCAUGGCGGAUGGGGAAGACAUAAUUGCUACCAUUCUGAAGAUGUAGGAGUCGUAUGCAAGUACACACCACCACCGCCUCCAGGUUUGUUUUGUUUGAUUUGCUGUGUCACGAAAUCAAUGUUUUUCAAAAUUGAAACAGUGAUAGUCAACACGUAAACUUGAUAAAAACACUGUUAUAAUUGUCUAUAAUAUAAUACUUCUGACAAUGAAAAUGUCAUUGGAGAGAAGAAGCAGAUGAAGAUGAGAAGAUGUAAGAGUCGUGUGCAAAAGUGUACCAGCGCCAGCAUAAGGUACAUCAUUUCGUGCAAACGAAGCCUGCGCCACGGACGAAACUAAACUGUGGUUAAAUCUGUCUGCGAAACAGCGCCGAAAUCCUUGUUCUGUGUCUCCAGUUGUGUACCAAGAUUUGAGUACACUUCAUGAUUGGCCUGCUAAAGAGCCAUGGCCGAUUUACGAAACGCACUUCUGUAAUUGGUUGAGUCCGUUGGAGCCCAGAGCAAGGAUACCAGCGCUGGUACGCGGGCCUUACUGACCGAGGUUGAAAUUUAUGUCUGCGUUGCAGGCUAGGGUUGAUGCUAGCUCAAAACUUGAAGUAAAACUACUUUUUCAAGUUGGUAUUUUAACUUCAAACGGCUAUCAUCGUUUUUAGAUAAGACUCUGAGACUGGCUGGUGGCUACAGAAGUGGCGAAGGAAGAGUAGAGAUAUUUCGCGAUGGUCAUUGGGGAACUGUUUGUGAUGAUUUCUGGGAUUUCAAGGACGCUCAAGUCGUAUGUCGUUCUCUUGGUCAUGAACGGGCUCUUCUUGCACCAAAAUUUGCUGCAUUUGGCGAAGGCAACGGUCAUAUAUGGUUAGAUAACGUGCAUUGCGUGGGUAAUGAAAGUUCCAUUGAGGAUUGCCCUCACAAUGGAUGGGGCAAUAAUGACUGCAGUCACACUGAAGAUGCAUCAGUCAUCUGCAGUAAUGAGACAGUUCAAAUAGGUGGGUAGAUAACAGUAAUUCACCGAAGUGAAGCCGCGAAGCGGCGAGGUAAAUAAGCACCACUAGCCACCGAUACUGAGGUGAAUAAUUUUUUCAGUGAUACUAAAACAUUGACAUAAUUGAGCACAAAAAUGAUGAUUUUUAACUCAUUUACAGUUGCCAACGAUCUCAUUACAAUUUUGGUGCGCAAUGACCGAAAAAGCGUCGCGUUUUCUUGCCGGCAAAUAAAACUUUUGAAGGCAUUUGUUUAGCUCUUUCGUAGAAAUUUCUUCAAAAGGAGUUGUGAAUUCUCUUUGUAUUAAAAAACAUUCUCUAAAAAAAGGAUUAAAUUUGCUUUAAAGCUUAGUUAUGAACAUGUAAGCUAAAUAAAGUAACUCAAGACUUAAGCUUAAUUUGCAUUUGUAAACAAGAACCUUUUUUACCGGUUUCAUCGAUUAAUUCAAGUCAAACAGACAAAGCUUUACCAGUUAAAACUUCCAAACCGAGUUUCUUCACCUUCUUCGUGUAUUUCGGGAACAGCUUUUUUGAUUAUUUGUGAAAUUUCCUUGUUUUUUGCCUUACGGCAGCAAACCGGGAAGCCAUUUUAUUCAUAACUUACGCAAGUUUGGCGUCGCUCGCUCGGAGGAGCUGGAGGUGAAUCAGUGAAUAGCAAUACAACUAUCCCCCAAAGGAAAGGUGAAUAGUGGUGGUAUAUUGAGACGCGAAGCGUCGAGGUACAUAUCUAGCGCUAUGAAGCGACCCUAGCAUGAGGGGAAUAGUUGUUUUAAUAUUUAGCAAAUCAGUUGGAUCAAAAGAAAAAAAGUAACUUUUUGUAAAUAAAAGACGUUACUUAGUUAUUAUAAGAGUUUGUUUACAAUUCAGUUGACAGUGUUUCGGGGAUAAUUUUGUUAUGAUUUUGAUUCAAAUUCAGUAAGGAAUUUUUUUAUACCGACCAGUAAACACGACAAGCCAAAUUUUCUCUUUCUUGGUACUUGUUGGUGCAGCUGCUUCAUUUACUGCUAAAAUUUCAUCUUUGGAAAGUGUCGCGAAACAAGAAGCCAUUUUGAAUCCCGUCCCAAAACAGUGAGUAUGCAAGAAUAUUCCGAGUUACGGAAGCCAAUCAAAACGCGCACAAUCAAAACAUAUGUUUGCAAGAAGUUUCGAAGAAGUUGGAUUUGUUUGCAUGUUUGCGUGUUUCGAAAGAUCUUCGAACACUUUUUGUUGCCAGUAUUGAAGUAAAAAAUCAGAUUCGUCGUUUCUUUUUUUGCGGAGUUUUGUUUGUCUGCCGCAAUUUAUAUCUAUGUUGGAUUUAUAACACAUCAAACAACAUCGAAAGUCAGGAUGGUAAUUCCAGAAUAACAUUAUGUAACCUCAAAAAACUGGAAAAAACUACUCUUGCCGAUAUUUCAUCCUUAUUAAAAGACUUCGUCGGGGCAACUGUUGGAUUUAUAAGUGUGUCUUUCUAUCUUCAUCGUGUUUCUCUUAAUAUAUCAACGUCCAUUUGUCUAACUUUGUCAGUUUUUAUAUGUUCAGUCCUUUUCAAUAAUGACAUGCAACAGGAUAUUCUGGAUUUCCUUGAGGGAGCAAGGGUGGCGCAGUGGUGAGAGCACUCACCUCCCACCAAUUUGGCCCGGGUUCGAAUCCUGGCGUCGACGCCAUAUGUGGGUUGAGUUUGUUCUUGGUUCUCUCCCUUGCUCCGAGAGGUUUUUCUCCGGGUAGUCCGGUUUUCAUCUCUCCUUAAAAACCAACACUUUCAAAUUCCAAUUCGAUCUGGAACGCACGGACACGUUUCAACGAGUUCUUAUGAACUCCUUAGUGCUCCGUGGGNUCGAAGAAGUUGGAUUUGUUUGCAUGUUUGCGUGUUUCGAAAGAUCUUCGAACACUUUUUGUUGCCAGUAUUGAAGUAAAAAAUCAGAUUCGUCGUUUCUUUUUUUGCGGAGUUUUGUUUGUCUGCCGCAAUUUAUAUCUAUGUUGGAUUUAUAACACAUCAAACAACAUCGAAAGUCAGGAUGGUAAUUCCAGAAUAACAUUAUGUAACCUCAAAAAACUGGAAAAAACUACUCUUGCCGAUAUUUCAUCCUUAUUAAAAGACUUCGUCGGGGCAACUGUUGGAUUUAUAAGUGUGUCUUUCUAUCUUCAUCGUGUUUCUCUUAAUAUAUCAACGUCCAUUUGUCUAACUUUGUCAGUUUUUAUAUGUUCAGUCCUUUUCAAUAAUGACAUGCAACAGGAUAUUCUGGAUUUCCUUGAGGGAGCAAGGGUGGCGCAGUGGUGAGAGCACUCACCUCCCACCAAUUUGGCCCGGGUUCGAAUCCUGGCGUCGACGCCAUAUGUGGGUUGAGUUUGUUCUUGGUUCUCUCCCUUGCUCCGAGAGGUUUUUCUCCGGGUAGUCCGGUUUUCAUCUCUCCUUAAAAACCAACACUUUCAAAUUCCAAUUCGAUCUGGAACGCACGGACACGUUUCAACGAGUUCUUAUGAACUCCUUAGUGCUCCGUGGGUAAACAAAUUACAAAAAUUUACAAUUUCCCUAACAAGUGCUUCUCUCCAAUUACUAUACGAUUCAAAGAGGAAAAACGUGAGCUUAAAACUUCUAUAAAUUUCCUUUUAUAUUAUAGGUGCGGGUGAUUUCUUGCUUUCUUGUGAAGGAGGGCGUAAAGUGUGUUACUACAUGUCUCUAGAACAGCCGACUCCACUCAAUCCAUUGCCACUGUCAAUUCCAUUGACGUUUUCGCCGUUUGGAGUAGCUUACGAUUCAGUGGAGGAGCGAAUCUACUGGGCAGAUGCCGAUGGUAACAUUCAUCGAGCUUUCCUUACCGACACCACAAGCCAGGUCGUGAUAAAGGGCAUUUCACGUCCGAUGGGGCUUGAAAUAGACCCUAUAGGAAGGAAUAUCUAUGUCGCAGACCAAAAUGAAAACAAUAUUAAAGUUGUCAAACUAGACGGUUCUUAUGAGACUGUAAUUGUUGACGUCGAUUCACCUCAAGGGAUAGCGUUGAAUAGCUAUUUGGGGUAAGAUUUCUUGUUACAUCAUUAUACCUACGGUAUGAAAGUUAAGACAAUGAAAUAACUAAUGAAAUAUCUCAGAUCUGACAUAUAUCUUGUUUUGAAUUACACAAAAAGUCGUAUCGUAUUUGCAAAAGUUAAAUUUUUAAACAUUUUACUUGUUAAUUAAGCAAUUUAAAACUUGCUUAACCUGCCCGGAUUCAAAGAAGACAGUUAUGAAUGCUCUGUAGUGCAAUUCUUUCUGUCACAACUGCUGGGACAAAAUAAAUUAAGAAAACUUACGUUUUUCUUCCUUCUAGGAAGGAAAAUAUUUUCAACUUUUAGAACGCAGCACCUGACGACGGUUCGUCUCAAUUUUCAACAAUCUCGGAUCCUCAUUAUAACAAUACAUACUUACAUACAGAUACAUAACCUUUAUUUUAACUCGAAUUUUAGAGUAGCUAUACUAUAUAGCUAAUAUCUUGGAGAAACCAAUUAAGAUGUGUAAAACUGGAAAAAAAAAUACACACAAAAAAAAAGACAAAAAGGAUGUAGUUUUCCAUGAAGAUGACUAAGUUCACGUUUUAAAUCUCCUUUCUGCAGAUUUAUGUACUUCGCGUCAGUUGGAUGGAACCCACAAAUAUUACAAGCAGACAUGGACGGUAAAAACAAGACUGUUCUUGCAAAUUUGUCAAGCAUCGGACAGACUAUCAUCGACCUGGUUGUUGAUAUACCUGGACUUCGUUUGUUCUUUUCUGACCAAUCCAAUAACGUGAUACGAUACAUUGACCUCAUAAGUCUGGAGGUGCACACCCUCCUUUCUGGCAGCGGCCUUCAUGGACCAACUGGCCUCGUAAUGUUGAACGACACCCUUUACUGGACGGCUCACCAGGGCGGUGGAAUGUACGAAGGAUUCAUCUUUGAGGCUGACGUAACUAAUAGAACAGUGCGCAUGAUUGCCGAUGGGUUUAAUAAACCUGCCGGACUUUACGCCUACAAUUCGCGGGCACCUAAAACAUCAGGUGAUUAUUACAAUUAUAAUAGUAUCUCAUUAGAGACACUUAGUGAAGUCAUUUCGCAAGUUAAAAAUGGUCAAGCUAAAAACAUAAUUACAAACAAUUUUUAACAUAGCAAUUUGAAGAUUUACUUUUUCUGAUAAAGCUCUUUUCUACUUUAUCUUUCUACAGCUCAAACGGCCUGUCAAAAUAAUGGUGAAUGUUCCCAGAUGUGUGUAGUGCGACCUGGUGGUCGAACGUGCCUCUGCCAGGCUGGAAUGAAGAUAAACGAAGAUGGAAAGACUUGUAAGUUGUAUAAAAUUAAAUUCUUUUGGAAAUAAUUUUCUUUUAAAGAAGACAAAAUUUUUAAGCGUUACCAUGGCAAUUAGCGGCAAAGAACUUAACCCUUAAUUCUCAAACCCAGGCUUUUAACCCAAAGUAAUACGGGAGUCAUUUUUUAAUUAACCGUUGAUUUAAGAGAGACGAAAUACCACGUUGACUGAAAUUUGAAAUGAAUCUUUCUUUCCGAAUCUUGAAACAAACACUCAUUCAAUUAAGUGACUACCGUACCCGCGGUUUGUUUAGCUCCUCGCGCUCUCCUGUUUAUGAGCCCUUCUUAACCUCUUACAAAAUUUGUAUAAGCCCUGGGCGUGUAAGGGGAAAUUUCUCUGAGUUGAUUUUACCUUAUUAUAGGAAAUUAACGAUCCAUGAAAUUAACGCGAAUCGUUAAAAUUCGCGUUAAUUUAAGGCGCGUUAAUUUUGUUGAGCGUUAAUUUCCGCGACGUUAAUUAAGUGCAGCGCUAAUUUCCGCGCUCUUAAUUUCCAGUAUUUUAACCCCAAUUUUGGAACCUGUCCAGACAUUCUUGACACCUAAAAAACAUUAACUACAAGCUUUCUUUCUUUCUUUCCAUUUACCCUUUAUUUUUCAUCUUUCACCAAAGCUAAGGGGAAGGUUCACAAUAUUUGUUAAAUGUGUGUCCAGUUGUCACAACCAACCGCUUCUUAAUCGUGUUAAUUUCCUUUAUUAUAAAAUUCUACCUCCUCUUUCGCGUUAAUUUUCUUUAUUCGAAAGUUUUUUUCCAUUAAAUUCGCGUUAAUUUAAGUCGCGUUAAUUUCCAAUACCUUAAUUUCAUGGAGCGUUAAUUUCCUAUAAUGGUAGGUGUUUUCAUCUCAUGAGUGACAGAGUCAAAGGGUCAGAUUUCAUCCGAUAAUUGUUUAUUUGAUUUUGUUUCAGGCACUGUCGCAGACGUUUUAUUUGUGACAGACUCUUAUGAUAACAAAAUCUACAUGUCAUCACUAAGCCCAGAUGAUACCACAAUCGUGCCUCUACAACUUAAAAACCUCUCGUUUCCCCUUGGCGUUGAUUUUGAUCCGUUCGAACAUCGUGUGUACUGGACCGAUCACGACCAUGGCUUUGUGGAGCGAGCCUUUGUUGAUGGCAGGAGCCAAGAAAUUGUUCAUAUGGGACUUUCUCAGCCGAGUGGUAUCGCUCUAGAUUUACUCGGAGGAAAUGUCUAUUGGAUAAGUACAGGAAAUCUAACCGUAGAGGUUUCAAAGCUGGACGGAAGUUUCCGAAAAUUGCUUGUUUCUAACCUGUCCUUAUAUCCAGAAGAUAUUGCUUUGGAUACCAUGAGAGGGUGAGCUUUACCUAUUCUUGGUAACUGAAAGAGCACAGUGGAGCCAGGGAAACUAGUGCCCUUUUGCUUUGUUAUUCAUGGGAAAACUGAGAAAACUACAUUGUCAUAAAUGAUUGUGACGUGGUCGUAAAUAAUUUCACAAGCUGUCUUGAUUUGCCACACUGCAACAAACGUCACAUUUUCUGAAGAGAAGGGCCCUCUUCCAUCCUCCAGAGGACACGCGCUUAAUGUCGCCGUUCACAUAUACACAGAAAACAGCGACAUAAAUCUUACCUUCAGUUAUCCUGGGACCAGGCUUGAUCCGUAUUAGGGGGGGGGGAAGAAAAGAAAAAACGGCAUAGGCGAAAAAAAGAAUCGGCGAGCGAAGCGAGCCGAGAGGUGCCUCGCUUCGCUCGCCGAUAUUUGUCCUAUUUGACCCCGUUUUUUGUUCUUUUUCCCCCACUGCAGAGCCUGUCCAAGGCUAAGCCUCAGUGGGUUUAAGAUGCGUUUAUUUCCUACAAUGGUAGGGUGUCAUGAGAUUUAUAAAAAUUCAAACAGUUGGAAACGCCACCAAACUGAAUGAAAAAUAACCGCUAAAAACCUCAAAGAAGGCAAAAAUACAGUCGACUCUCUCUUAACGGACACCUCUAUAAGACGGACACCUCUGUAAAACGGACACCUAGAGUUGGUCCUUGCCUUUCUUUACUCCCUUUAUUUGAUUCUCUAUAAGACGGACACCUCUCUAAGACGGACACUUAGUGCCGGUCCCAAAGGUGUCCGUCUUAGAGAGAGUUGACUGCAUCGAUAAAUAAUACAAUAAAUACGUACAAAAGAGGUACGGAUGAACAAACCUGGAGAAGAUUGAAGGGGGAUCGCGAUUGUGGUCUUUGUAACCUUGCUAGCCUAACAGUUUUUAAAGUUCAUUCUUCUUGUUCGUAACGUUCGAAAUAUUACCUGGGAGACAUUAUCUGUGACUUUGUCAAUCACAACUAAUUUCUCAAUUUUUUUAGUGAAUAAAGGACGAGCAACUGGCGUUAUUAGAGAGAUCAAAAUUCACGUUUACGGCAUACGGUAAACGGCAAACGUCAGUUGAGAAUUCUCAGAAUAGAAAAUAAGCAGAUAAAAAAGAUCCAGAACGAUUUUUGUGGAUAAAACUGGCAUAAAACUACUUUUUUUGUGUAGAAGCAAUAAACAGUAAACGAAAAAUAGGGGGGGAAAACUUGGUUACGUGGUACAAAUUCACGUUUGCCGUGUGGUGUAAACGUGGAUCUUAGUCUCUCUAUUAACAAAAUGAACCAGUAGACAGUCCCGACCCAGCCGCUUUAAUGCACACGUCUGUUAAUUUUUUAGGUACAUGUACUGGUCAAGUUAUGGGAUUAUUGAAGGUGCCGACAUGGACGGAAGUAACCGCCGAAAUAUUACCCUCUUGAGACAUUCUUUUGGCCAAUAUGAUGCACUGGGUCUUGCCCUGGAUGUAAAAAUGAACCGACUUUACUUUGUUAGCUACUCUUUGUACGGCUUGUUUUAUAUUAAUCUUGAUUCAGCUGGAAGUCCGUAUAUUCCGCAGAGUUUGCUCCAGUCAUUCUUUUAUUUCGAUGUACCACAUGGGGUUGCGCUCGACGACCAGUUUGUUUACUGGAAUGAAUAUUAUGAGGAGAAGGUUUACCGGGUGAAUAAGACCGUUGCAGGAGGCAAUAUUGAAACUGUAGCUGCAGGAAUCUAUAGUCCUUUUGGAUUAGCCGUUAAAAAAGGAACUCCAACACGAAGUAGUAAGUACAAAUUCUUCGAGUGAUCCUUGUUCAUUUGAGACAAACCAAAGUCCUUGGCAUUGAAAGUUGACACGGAUUUAUUUUUUCUGCAAACCUUCAGCACAACGGUUUUGAGUAGUAUAGUAAGCGCGAUUUGACCUCCUUAUGGCACUGAACACGUCAUCGUCANCGAAAAAUGGGGGGGGGGAAACUUGGUUACGUGGUACAAAUUCACGUUUGCCGUGUGGUGUAAACGUGGAUCUUAGUCUCUCUAUUAACAAAAUGAACCAGUAGACAGUCCCGACCCAGCCGCUUUAAUGCACACGUCUGUUAAUUUUUUAGGUACAUGUACUGGUCAAGUUAUGGGAUUAUUGAAGGUGCCGACAUGGACGGAAGUAACCGCCGAAAUAUUACCCUCUUGAGACAUUCUUUUGGCCAAUAUGAUGCACUGGGUCUUGCCCUGGAUGUAAAAAUGAACCGACUUUACUUUGUUAGCUACUCUUUGUACGGCUUGUUUUAUAUUAAUCUUGAUUCAGCUGGAAGUCCGUAUAUUCCGCAGAGUUUGCUCCAGUCAUUCUUUUAUUUCGAUGUACCACAUGGGGUUGCGCUCGACGACCAGUUUGUUUACUGGAAUGAAUAUUAUGAGGAGAAGGUUUACCGGGUGAAUAAGACCGUUGCAGGAGGCAAUAUUGAAACUGUAGCUGCAGGAAUCUAUAGUCCUUUUGGAUUAGCCGUUAAAAAAGGAACUCCAACACGAAGUAGUAAGUACAAAUUCUUCGAGUGAUCCUUGUUCAUUUGAGACAAACCAAAGUCCUUGGCAUUGAAAGUUGACACGGAUUUAUUUUUUCUGCAAACCUUCAGCACAACGGUUUUGAGUAGUAUAGUAAGCGCGAUUUGACCUCCUUAUGGCACUGAACACGUCAUCGUCAUAUAUAUAUUUCUUUUGCAUUCAUCCACUACGUGACCACCGACAUGACAGACGUGUACUUGCCCCUUUUUUGUUACCCUCCAUUGCCAACGUAAAUACCGCCACCGUCGUUUCUUUAUCGCCAUGUUUCUACUGUUUCUUCCACCCUCAAUAACACCAAUACAACCACCGUCACCGCCACAUUUUUCCAAAAGUUUUCCUUUACCGCCAACACCACCACCACACCUCAGUUGCACUAACCACGAACAACACCCAUUCAUCCUUUUCAGGCUACCCUACACGUUUAUUCCCUCCACCGUCAGCACUAGCACUACCACUGUCUCAGCCAUAAUUCCAAAGUAUUCAUCCACCGCCAACACCAUCACCACAUCUUAGUUGUACUAUUUUGUAACUUCACUGCCAACUAAAUAUGAACAAAACCAGAACGUUUUUCCACUUUUUAACAGCCAUAAAAUGCAUCUGUUAGCUAGCCCUUUUGGGCCGUUUUACAUUUUUACUGACUGAAAUGACAGAUUUCCCUACCCUUCACAUACUUCAUUUAGUGAAAUCCCUACCAUUUCAUGCAUAUACCUUAAGUCUGAAAUAGGAACCCACUUCGGCGUAGCCUCCCGUAUAGGCCAUUGUAGAGAGUGCUCCCACACCCCGGGCUAGAAACCUGUCUUCUUUGCAACUUAUUUGAGGAAGCAGAUUUAGGGCUAACUUUGAAAUAAAUUUGCUAGCUUAUUACUCGACUGUUCUCUUUCAGCUGAUCAUCCAUGUAUGAAUGCGAAUGGUUACUGUACCCAUCUCUGUCUGCUAAGCCCCAGAGAAAGUGGAUACCAGUGUGCAUGCCCGGAUAUAGGGGAUGGACGAGAAUGUUUGACAAUACCGAAACACCCAACUACUACCACAACUGCGCCAACGACAAUUGCUCCUACUACUGUUUUCAUAGACUAUUGUGAAGGCGACCCUUGUGCAAAUGGGGCGGGCUGUGAAAGCAGUAACGGCUUGUACAUUUGUAGCUGUGUUGGGUACUUUGGUGGCGUCAACUGUACCAUUGCUCUAGGUAAGUUUACACAACUGAUCUAUCUAAAUUAUCCAACACGUUUUUUAACCUUGUAAUGUAUCCUUGUGAAAGCGUUUUAGAGCACGUUAAGUAAUCAACUUAGUAUUUGUUGGUACACAAUAAUGAUUUAAAAUAGUUAUGCCCUCCUUUUUGGCAAAUUACUGAUUAUAUCAUACCCCUUCUGGUUAAAAUCGUUAGCCACUGCCAGGUCAUGUCAACUUUAUUUAAACUCACACGAAGUGCUUAAUACAUUCGCCACUUUAGAAAGGAGACGAGGGGACUCCAGCCGAAAUGUGUCCAUCAACUAUUUCGGGGGAAAAUAGUUUUGAAGAAAAUAAGUUUGAAAGGAAGGCCUUGCACUUUUACAGCACAGGUCGCUUCGCUAAGCUAACAAAAAAAAACAAAUCAGUUUGAAAUUGGCUUAGUUUUGUAUUUUCCUUAGCCUGAGAAAACAGCCGACAUUUGGCGACGCUACCACUGCUUUCCCCGCCAAAUGACGUCUGAGAAACGAGCGCAGAAAUUCCAUUCUGAUGACGUGCACUACCCAGAUCCGGGUAGUGCUUCUGAUUGGUCGUGCCGCGUGGGACAUUUGAUUCAACCAAUCAGAAUCACUUCCCAGAUCUGGGUAAUGACGCAUCAUCAGUAUGGAAUUACUGCGUACGUUUCUCAGACGUCAUUUGGCGGGGAAACCAGUGGUAGCGUCGCCAAAUGUCGGCUGUUUUCUCAGGCUAUAUUUUCCAUGAAUAUUCCUUGAAAAACCAUACAGUUUUUCAUAUUUACUGUUAUUAAUCAAUUAAAUGCCGCGGGGUUUAUUUUAAAUUAUAUUCACGAUGAAUCAUUUAUAAAAAUUAUCAACACAUACAUUUGUAAUGUCUCGAUUUUUUGCUGAGACUGAUAAGCAUACGAUAUGAUACGUAUUCAGUUUAUUUCUUUCUUGUAGUCCUCAAAUAAUGACCGCAUUGCCCGAAUUGUGCCGGGCGUUUACUCGAGGAUAGCACCUAUCUGUAAUCGAGCAAGACAAUAUAUUUGCUCAAAAUUGCCAAUGAGCUGAAGUAUGUUUCUAUAUUUUAUAUUUUAGAUGAAGAAAAUGUCGUCGAGGUGACUUUCAAAGGCGUUACUUUGGACGAGGUAAGUUUACGUAUUGGAGCCGCAUGUAUAUCGAAUAUAAGCGGGCUUGAAUAAGACGCGAAAUCUAUUAUUCAUACGGGUAUGUCUUACAUAACACGCAACCAGCUCGUAUAAGUGGUUCGCAGCUUGUUUGCGCCUUAUUUUCACUCACGGACUCGAUUUUAUUUGUAUGUUGUCUAUAGCAAAGAUAUGGUAAAAAACAGCGAUUAAAAACCUUUUAGGCUAAAAUAUGAAACAGGUUCUUAUUUUCUAAAAUCUAUAAAAAAAGUUCUGUUCACCUGGGCAAAUAAGGUAAGGCAACAUUCAGGAUCGCCUUUGGUGAGGUAGCCGUACCUUGUUGCUUCAACUUCAAUUGUGAUGGUAUACAGGUUAAGGAAUGAGCUGAAUACCACUAAAUACUCUUGGCUACAAUGUACUUUUUCUUCAGAAAAUAAGAACCCAUUUAAAAACCUUUUAGGCCUAAAUUUGUGCUAUUUACUAUUUAUGUAAAAACCUGGCUAACUUGGUAAAAUGUAGGUUCUUAGUUCCGGGUUUUAAUGUAUUUCAACAUGGCAUUGAUAAAGAAAGAUGGGAAGUUUUUUAAGGUCGGUGAAGAAAUGAGAAGUGAUGUCCACGUGAUCAACAUGUUAAAGAAAGAAAAAUCUGAGUCCCUCACAAGGAUUGAACCUUCGACCUUCCGUGCACCGGUAGGAUACUCUCUAACCACUGAGCUGCGAAGGACUCGUAGCGCGCAGGGCCAUACACAAGGUGUUUAAAUAACGCAUGCGAACUAUAUGUAUCAAUUGCCAGGUGUGACUUAUCCAUUUAUGUCCCCCAUCGUUGAUUGAAUUACAUCCUUAAUGAUUUAGACUAUUGUAAUUUGGAGACUGUGAAAAUACACAGUUCUUCAUUGGUUGCAUUCAACCUUACUUAUUGUUAACGGGUAAAUUAUCUAUUCAACUCUUUUUAGUUUAACCUAACAGCCUUCAUUCAGGCUAUGGUGGAUGCACUGAAUCAACAAUGUUUUGAAGAUCCAGCCUCAUGCCCUAUUUCAGUUGAAAGGUGAGAAAAUUUCUGAUUUAUCUCAUUACCUCAACUGAUUGUAUCUUUCGGCCUCAUGUAAGGUAAUCCAAGACAGUCUUGGGUUCUGGAUUCCACGCCAUGGAUUCCGGAUUCCAGGUACUGGAUUUCGGAUUCUUUGUCAGUGGAACUUGGAUUCCAGAUACCAAUCGUUAGUGGGAUUCCAGAUUCCUUGAGCUGUUUUCUGGAUUCCAAAGCCAACGAUUCCGGAUUACACAAGCAAAUUUUCCCUGAUUCCGGAUUUCGAAAAUCCGUAUUCCCUCACAUGGGGCGAUAUCUUAUCUUACGCAACGAGAACGUUGACGUCCCAGACGUAAAAAACGUUAACCGGAAGUUGAUAUUUUCUCUCUUGUUUUCUGACGUCUGACUCGAAAAACUCGUAAAGCGGAAGUUAAAACAAAGCACUCAGACUCGUUGUGCAAAACGGACGCGUUCCCUCAAGCGAGAUAUCGAACUUCCGGUUGCUAUUCAUGACGUCUGGAACGCCAGCGUUCUCGUUGCUAAAGCUCGCUAUUAGAAACCUUUAAUAAGAUUAGAGGACGAGGACGAGAUUUGACUUAAAGUUUUUUUAAGUUCGUCUUCUCAAAAAAUAGACACUCGGGAAAUCUUUAUCGUACUUUUUUUUUCCACAGAAAAGUUAGUGCUGUUAUUUUUAUUGAAGGAGUUUGGGUCCCCUCCCGAUCGCAAAAUGUUAAAACUUCUAACAUCUGAUAACUUGAUUCCUCUACUAGGACAUUCUUCAUAAAACGCGUUGUAGAAUAAUGACGGCUAUCACGUUUCGCCGCCAAAAUAGGGACUUUAAGAUCCAACGACGCGGACGGCAACAAGAACGUCAAAAAAACACAAUAGGUUCCAGAAGCAAACAACAACUUUGCACGCUUUUUUGUACAUUUCUUUGCCCUUUUUUGCACGACUACGGCGUAAAAAUGCCUCAUUUCCCGUUUUAUAGAGGACAUAAACGAGCAACGACGAAAUUUGAACUUGGAAAUGGUUACUAGAAAUUCAAUUUCAGAAGGGUUCGCCUACAUUUGACAAAGUAAGUGGGUAGGAGUAACUGUGAUAAAGACUGAAAAAAUGCAAAUUCACUUUUUAAGCGACGUUCUUGUUGCCGUCGUGUCUUUGGAUCUUAAAAUCCCUAAUGACGCUGGUUCACGCUCACGCUCUACAUAGUAUUGAGAAAUUCUCGUUCUGUAUUGGUCCUCGUCUUAGAAUCUGAAGGUCUCUAUUAUUUCCCCGCCUCUCGCACUCGCUUCUCCUUUUGCGUGCGGCUCUCGCGUGACUUCUCACGGCUCCCCCAAAUGGAGAGCCUGCUCACAGGCUGUGGGAUGCUCGUCGUCCGCCAAGGGGGUAAAAAUUGCAGUAUUUGAUCUCACUUAUGUUGAAGCUCUUCCCUAAUAAAUGGGACCUCGCAUCGCACGAAUUUAUUUUUUUAUUCAUUCAUUCAUUCAUUCAUUUAUUUUCCUUGAAUCUAUAGUGAAAGGAGAGGUACUAAUUUACAUUUUCUUUCUGACCCACCCGCCUAUCCCAUGAACAAAAGCUAGGAAUGCGCUCUAGGGCUAAACAAAGUUUGAUAAUUCAAAUCUGCACAGAGAUCAUCGCUGAUAUUCAUUUAUUCAUUCAUUUAUUUGUUUAUUUAUUCAUUUGUUUCCCUCGCGGUUUCUCCAUUUAUCCAUGAAGUAUUGUGAAACGAGAGGUAUCGCUGAAUGGGCCUUUUACAACUGACGAUAUUUACAUCACAUCACCUCCAGAGGAAGUCGACGGGGGGGUCUCGCUCGAAUAUGCUGUAGUUAAAACAACAGCGGAUGGAAGGCAGGUUCCUUUACAAAGUGAAUCGCUCGCCGAGGUGACAUCCGCAAAAGCAGCUGAAAUUGGAAAGAAACUUGGUGCUACGGAAGUUGCUGCUAAUCCCAAGCCUCUAACGGCUACACCCACAAGCGAAGCUCAAACGGGCGGUGCAAAUGGAGGGAUGAUUGCUGGAGUAAUUGUAGCUGUUCUGCUAUUGGUUAUCAUCGCAGCUGUAGGAGUAUGGUAUUUCAGGUAAAUUAUUUCUCACCUUUUUGUGGCUGGCGGCGAGUGGGCAUAUAUAAGCACACUAUCCACCAUGGAAUAGCGGGACAAUGCGUUAUAACUACUUUAUAUAAUAUGAGUUUUGAUGUAGUGGGUAUAACUCUAGCUUCAGUUCAACCUCAUUUCCAGGGCUCUCUCUCUUCCUCCUUCGAAAGAAGAGAGAACCCUGGGAACGACGCUGGGUUCAGUAUAAAUGUUAUGGCGCAUUACAUGAAGCACCUUUUAGUUGUUAGAGAAACAAAUCGAUAUUUUUUACUUCGUUAUUGUACGCGUUUUUGCUUUUACAAUUGAACAACUUUGACCAACAAGGAAGCAACUCUGCCCAGCAUAAUUGUGCUUUUCAAUUAUAUCAAGGUUGUAAAACACUCAUUGGAAAGAUGACCUGAAAAUGGACUAAAUAUAAAGCAUUUUUUUAAAAUUCUUAUUCAGGAAGUCAGUGGCUGGAAAACCAGGCAUUAAGACACCAGUACUUCCAUAGAUUAAAAAAGUUAAUCUAAUAAGUUUAAGUGGGUUGAGCCUAGAUUUUUAGAAUUUCCACAUCAAGGGGUUAAGUUAAAACAGCGUCACAAAAUGGAAGAUUUAAAAGUCCAAUGUUACAAGCAAACAGAUGAAACUGUUGAGAAUUGUAAUUUUUCUUCAGCAAGAACAUUUUUCAAGCACGCUAAGCACGUUCUUCCAAAGGGCUUAUCUGCAUUUAUUACCGUUAAAUUUUUCGUCUUCUGAUAUGAUAACGAUUUCAUGACAUGUUAUGUCGUAUUGUUCACAGGGUAAAAAGGACCCGCUCAACUAACAUACCCUAUAAGAAGGAGAAUGACGAGGAGGCCCCAACUGGUUCAAUAAGACGAACAACUGCCUUUGAAAACCCCGGGUACGACAGUACUGCUGGACUAGAUAUUGGCAGUGGAGGAAAUUACGAUGACAUUGCAGCAGUGACAUUUUCACCCUUUGAAGACUUUCCUGAUCAUACCGCAGCCACCAAUCAACUGUAUUCUACGAUAGGCAUGACAAGGAUCUCUAGUUCCCAUGAUGUGAACCAAAACGCAGAAGGAGGAGAGUUGGCCGUCAAAAAGAUUACUUCAGAUGAGAAAGCAACACAAGACCAUGAUGCAGGUGCGCUGCCUAAAAAGGAACCUCUUGAGAACGAAAAGGCGGAGCAACCCCAUUAUGCGACGAUCACAAUUAACAAGAAGGAAGAGUCGGAAGAGAACGAACCGCGUUACUUGACGGUGCUUCCAAGUGGGAAAGAAAUCGCAAACAGCGAACAAGUGAAAGUUGAUCUACAGGAAAAUGCUGAAAAAUCUAACAGUGAGAAUGGACAAACCGUAUUGGUGCUUGACGCAAAUUACAGCCAAGAUAAAGACCCUGAAGUCUGA